CCCGGGGGGAGGGGCGGCGGAGGCGAGGCCUGGUUCGAGGCCAACCAUGGGGCUGCCCUGGAAUGUGUGGGGCUGGCGGCGGCCACGGGCCCCGGGGCCAUGAUGCAGCUGAAGGUGACGGCCAUGAUGGACGCCGAUCUCUGCGCCAUCAUCCAGCAGCGGAUGCAGGAGCCGGGUACCAAAGUGACGCCGGAGUUCAUCAUUGCGGCCAUGGGGGGCAAGAUUGCUCCCUCCCUGCCAUUCCUGACCCCGCAGCAGAACCAACACUUUGGGGUCUCCCUGCGGCGCUUGGACAGCGUGGCCCAGGCCGCCGUGGGGCAGGGGGUGACGCUCAUGGUGGACGCGGAGCAGAGCCACCUGCAGGGGGCGUUGCGGCUCCUCACCCUCGCUCUGAUUGGCCGACACAACCGGGGGGCGGAGCCUCGCGUCUGGAGCACGGUGCAGGCCUACGUGCGCGGCGCUGAGCAGGUGCUGACCAUGGAGGCCUUGUGGGCCCGGCGCUAUGGGGUGCGCUAUGGGGUGAAGCUGGUCCGAGGGGCGUACCUGGAGGAGGAGCGGCUCCGGGCCCGCAAGUUGGGGGUCCCGGACCCCUUGCACCCCACAUUGGAGGCCACGCACAUCAGCUAUGGGGCCUGCCUGGAGCUGGCGCUGGCGCUGGUGGUUCAGGAUCAGGCCCGGCUCAUGGUGGCCACUCACAACGAGGCCUCGGUGAUGCAGGCGGUGCAGCGCAUGGAGGCCUUGGGCAUCCCACGCCGGGCCGGCGGGGUCUGCUUCGGGCAGCUCUAUGGGAUGUGCGAUCACGUGAGCCUGGAGCUGGGUGAGCUGUGGGGCCGUGCCGGUUACUCCGCCUUCAAGUCGAUGCCCGUGGGUCCGGAGGCGACGGCGCUGCCGUACCUGGUGCGCCGUGCCCAGGAGCACCGGCAGGGGGCGCUACAACGCACGGCGCUAGAGCGCCACCUGCUGGCCACGGAGCUGCGGCGCCGCCUCCUGCGCUGGCAACGCAAGGCCAAGAGCAAGGGGCCCUACAUCUGCUCCCUAUGCUCCAAGGAGUUCAAGAACGGCUACAACCUCCGGCGCCACGAAGCCAUCCAUAGCGGCGCCGGGGGGCCCAAGGGGGCCCAGCGGCCCCAUAGCGGCCCUAUGAAGAUGCCCACCAUGGUGCCCAUCAGCUUGUUGAGCGUAGCCGGCUUGAGCGGGGCCAACGCCGUUGAGUCGACGGCGACGGCGACGACAUCGACCACGACGCAAGGGAUGAAGAGGGCCCGCAAGAGCCACGCGUGCGAGAUGUGCGGCAAGGGAUUUCGGGACGUCUACCACCUCAAGAGGCACCAGUUGUCCCACUCGGAUGAGAAGCCCCACCAGUGCCCCGUGUGCCAGCAACGCUUCAAACGCAAGGACCGCAUGAGCUCGCACGUCCGCUCGCACGACGGCGCCGUGCAGAAGCCCUACGGCUGCAGCCACUGCGGGAAGAGCUUCUCCAGGCUUGGUUGGUCAAUGGAGUCAACAGGAGUCAAUGGGGACAUUGGGGUCAGUGGCAAGGACCGCAUGAGCUCGCACGUCCGCUCGCACGACGGCGCCGUGCAGAAGCCCUACGGCUGCAGCCACUGCGGGAAGAGCUUCUCCAGGUGGGGAUGGGAGGUGGAAAUGUGGGUUUGGGGGCGUAGAGAACCAUUGGGAGUCAAUGGGGGCAUUGGUUGA